AUGCAUCUACUGCUAAAAGAUACAUUUGAUGAUAUAGAAGUCAAUAACAUCAGUUUGAAGAUUAGUGAUUCACUGGGAGAUUUGACUAAAUCUCCAACCAACAAUAGUUCAUCACACUUGAUUGAAAAGAAUCAGAAACGUCAAAUUGAGGGCCCUAUACUGGUACUUCGGGGGCACCGCAGUGAAAUAAUCAGUUGUUGUGUUAACUCAAAUCCCGGAAUAGUUGUUUCUUGCUCUCAUUCAUCAGAUGUUCUCUUGCACUCCAUUAGAAGAGGACGUUUAAUUAGAAGAUUGGAUGGUGUGGAGGCCCAUAUUGUCUGUCUUUCAUCUGAAGGGGUUGUAAUGACUUGGAAUGAAUCACAGCAUACUCUCAGUACCUUUACUCUCAACGGUACUCCAAUUACAAGAGCACAAUUCUCCUUCUUUUGCAGUAUCAGCUGCAUGCAAAUUUCUGUUGAUGGGACAAGUGCUUUGAUCGGAGUUAAUUCUCUAGAAAAUGAUCUUCCAUCACCGUUAAUCGGAGGAAGGGCAGGAUAUCGCAACUUUAACUCUAAACCCGGGGAGAAAGAAGACAGCAGUACAUUUCCAAAUCAUAAAGUCUUGUUAUCACAGAUUCAAUCGUUGAAAGCUGCAAUUUAUGCAAUUGAGCCUGUUAUGCCUGAAGACGCACUUGUUGGUGCUUGGAGGAAGUCUGCUCAUAAUAUAUGGAUCAAGAGGCUUAGACGCACCUCGACUUUAGUGGAGCUUUUGCAAGUUCUUGCUGAUUUUGUUGGUGCCAUCAAUAAGGGCUGGUUAUUUCAGUGCAAAUUUCCAGACGGUGUAAUUGAAGAAACUGUUACGUCUUUCGCAUCAAUUCCCCAUACUUCAUCUGCUCUUGCCCUGUGGUUGGUGAAGUUAGAUGCCAUUAUUGAUCCUUACCUGGACGGAGUUCAAACUCAGAAGAAACAGGGUAUUGGAAAGCAAGAUUAUGUGGAUAGGGAGUCUAUAAAUGACGGUGGAGAUUCUUCUGUUUCAAACAAAUGGGAAGUUUUGAUGCAUUUUGGUGAGAUUCAGCGACAGAAUAAAGAUAGAGUUGCCACUGUCCAAUUCAACAAGUCUGGGAAUCUGCUGGCAUGUCAUGUUGCGGGAAAGACGGUAGAAAUAUUCCGUGUAUUGUAUGAUGCCGAAGCAAAGCGUAAAGCCAAACGAAUGGUUAACCGCAAAAAGGAGAAGAAGCAUGGUGAAACCAAAAGAACACUUGGUAUUGAUCUUCAGGGGCACCGCUCUGAUGUUCGAAGUGUCACACUUAGUUCGGACAUCACUUUUCUGUUAUCAACCAGUCAUAAUGCAGUAAAGAUCGGGAAUCCAAGUACUGGUUCCUGCUUAAGGACCAUUGAUUCUGGAUAUGGACUUUGCAGUUUAAUUCUUCCCUCUAACAAGUAUGGACUUGUUAGAACUAAAGACGGAAGAUUAGAAAUUAUUGACAUUGGAAGUGGUACUCGUGUUGAAGUUAUUGAAGCUCAUGGCGGCCCUGUGCGGACAAUUGUUGUCCUGCCAGAUAGAUUUGGCUUUGUCACAGGAAGUGCAGAUCACGAAGUAAAAUUUUGGGACUACCGAAUUAAGCAAAAACCUGGUCAACCUACUAAGCAACUCACCGUGUCAAAUGUCAAGACUAUGAGAAUGAAUGAUGAUGUUCUUGUGGUUGCAAUUAGUCCUGAUGCCAAAUAUAUUGUUGUUGCUCUGUUGGAUAGUACGACCUGAUUUUCAAUGCUUCAAUUUCCAACCAACGCAUGACGGAUCCAUGA